UGGCAGUCGUGAGAGAAGCCGGUUGUGGGGUAUCUUCAGCUCGCUUGUUCUGGGCCGUGUAGCACCUCUACAAUGUAUUCUGUUUUAAUGACGGCGGUCUUGUCCAGCUCUCCUGACUAUGACCGUCUGUUUGAGGCUCUGUCCUGGCCGAGUGAGUCGUGGCCGGGGACAGAGCGGGUGGAAGCGCUGACAGCUCUCAUUGAAGGGCUCGGACCACUUUUGGCAGACUCGGACACGACUGCGUUUACAGCUGCGAAAAGACGACGUAUUCAAGAAAAAAUUGAGUCGGUUAUUUGGACGCAGUGUCUGCCUCUCUUGUCCAGAAUAUCGGCUGAAGCCGGUGACGACGUGCGGUGCAGGGAGAGUACAGCCGCUGCCUGCCGGCUUCUGAGCGUCUGUGUCCCAUUGUGUGAAGAAGCUGUGCCGGGGCGGGUGGCUCUGUCCAUCCUGCCGUCGCUCCAGCUGUCGGAGGAGGAGCUGUCUGGUCCGGGACGCCUCAGUGGGGAGGUUGCAAGUGAAGUCUUGGCUGCUCUCAUACCUUCUCUGUCAGCGGAUGAACAGCUCACACUCACCACCUUGUCAUCUGCCUUGUCCUGCAUCAAAACACUCUCUGAUGCAUUGGUCUCCAAAAUCACAGUCAGGCUUCUCUUGACUCUGUUGAACUGCUGCAGCGGUGUGAAGUUAAAAAACAUCCUCAAGUUGAUCCACGAUGAUCUGUGCAGCUGGCACUGCACUGAGCGCACACCAGUGGUUACAGAGCGGGUACUGCUAUGUUUGACCGCCAUGUCAGACCACCUGCUGAAACCUGCUGACAUCUUUCCCUCUUGCACCUCCUCCUCCUGUGAGCCCGACCCUCGUCUGUCCCUCCAGUUCUGGAGGAUGGUCCAGGAUGGACUGACACACCGAGACAGCGUGUCACGUAAAAGGGCGCUGUACCUGCUGAAAAGGUGUGUGGCCCUGUCAGAGGAGGAGCGGGUGGACUGCCCUCUCUCUCCAUCAGAUGAAGGUGAGACCUUGUUCAAAUGGGCCCCCAACAGGAGCAAGUUGCUUAGAGAGUUCUGGGAGGAUUAUGCGCUGGUAAUGGAGACCCUGGAGGAAAACCAGAUUCAUGUUGUCCGGCCAGUUCUAAACAGAAUAGACACGCUGAUCCAAACUACAGUAAAUGAUAGUCAAGCUUCAGGUGAAGGCCUCCUCCACCCCUCCUGGCUACUGUGUGUGUACCAGAGGAUGUUCCACAGUGAGAAUAAAUCCUUAAUGAGAGAGGGAGUGUGUCAUCUGCUCGAGCUACAGGUCCUUCAGCAGCCAGCUUUUGCUUUGGCCUUUUCUCAGUUUAUCGUUGGCCCUUUCAUGGAUGUUCUGUCUGAAACUUCACUCUUCCACAGAUCAGUUGGGCAGAGUGUAGGAGAUUGUCCUGAGCUGGGGGCUAAACUCCAAGUCUUCAUGACCACCUUCUUCAGUAGCCUACCGUCAGAGCAUAGAGCUCAUGUGUUGCUGCAGCUGAUUCAGCAGCUGGGCUCUAAGCACUGGUGUGCAGUACCCCUCCUCUUCCUCUCCCAGGCACUAUCCAAACUCCCCCCAGGUCCACUGCUGGGGAUCAGCGGGCUCACUGCUCUAAGGGAGGUGCUGCGCUGCACCAUGAUCACACAUCAAGUUUUGUUACGAGGAGCUGCCCAGUGCUUCCUGCUGAAUAGUGCCCUCUGUCUCGCAGAAGUGAGUGCAGUGAACCUUGAUGAGCUCUUUAGUUUCCUGAUGCAUUUCCGUGCAGACGAGUCACUGUGCAGAGGGACGCAGAUCUGGAAUCAGUUGUGUGCCUGGCUAUCAGACAAUGAAGGCGGUUUCAAGCCCAGGAUUACGGAUGGUGAUUCCACUGGUGCUGCCACAAAGAAAGAAACUGUAAGAGGUUAUGUUCAAGCUGAGAUACAUGCCUAUCUCCAAGUUCCAGCCAGCACAGGUCAAACUGAGAGGUUACCUGACUCUAAAGAGGCUGAUAAGUUGGCCAGAGCUAUUCUGCUGUGUGUGGACAUGGAGAAGAGUCAACUUGGCACAGAGAUCUGUAACACUCUGGAGUCAUUACUGUCUCCUCUGCUGGACACCCUGAGCAGAGUCAGCACCAAUAUUUACUUGCCUGUGCGUAAGAGCGACAAGAGCCUGCAGCUUAUGCUCCGACUGCUCCAGCUCGGAGGAACACCAAGUCGUCAGCAUGUCGCAGAGGAGCAAGGCGACAGUGUGAUGGUUGCCAUGGAGAAGCACAUUUUUAAAGUCGUAGAUCCAAUCCAGGAGUUUAUCUUGAGGCGGCUGUGUGGGGAGCUGCAGGAGCUAUUUGACGUGGAGCGAGCAGAGCUGUAUCUGGGUGUUCUGAAGCAGCUGGUGGUCAUGUACAGUUCUACACCACAGCGCCUUAGUAAAAUUCAACAGAAUGAUUUCCCUAAACUCAUCAAGCACAGCGUCAGGGUCCUGCAAGAACCAAGCCAGCAGGUCCCCUCUGUGGCAAACCAGGUGUCCAGAGCGGUUGCCAUGGCAUCCCUGGCCACAGUUUGUAGUCUUCUGGAGCAGGAAGUGAUUGACAUGCGAUCAGAGACACUUUCUGCUCUGAAAGAACUGAAUGACUACCUCUACAGUUCAUUGUCAUCUUCCUCACAAAGUCAAUUACUUCUAGGAAACUUCAAUAAACGCCUGCUGAAACCACAGACAGGAGACUGUUCAAGUGAUCUAGCAGUGCAGGGUCCUCUGCUGCAGGACUGGGGACGUAUCGCUGCCAACUUCAUGCGGGACCAGUGGAUUAGUCUGAGCUUCCUGAUUAAAGCUGUUGGGAUUCCUGAGAUUUGCAGAGCACCAGACACUCUCAAGGCUGCUCUGAGCUGCAGCGUGGAGGCCCUGGCACUGCUGCCCAGUGACCUGGUGCUGCCUGUGCUCACCUUUAUGGAGACAGCGCUGCCACAAUUACUACUUGAUGAGGAGGCGCUCUGUGUGGAGGCUGUGACUCUGAGCUGGGAUCUGGUGCAGGGACUGAGCACUAAUGCACAUGACUUCUGGCCGGCCCUGAAAGGAUUCAUCUCCGUGGCCUUCCACCGUAAACUGCUCGAGCUGACACACACUCGGGCUCUGACGCUUAUGGCCACCUUGAAGCAGAUUGCCUCGGAGCUGAUUGAGCUGUCUCAGUCAAAAAGUGGAGUGUUCGGAGUUCUGCUUCAGCACUGCUGUCAGACAUGGCUGCCCACAGGCCGAGGCUGCGGCGACCAGGCUGACACCGUGUUUUCUAGUGUUUUCAGCUACAUCAACAUACUCACUGAGGCUUGUGUCUAUGGACCGGUGUUCAGAAGGGAUCAACGGCUCACCCAGGAUGUCCAAACGUACUUGGAGCAGCUCGGUGAGGAGUGUGCUGGUAAUGUCGUUGUUACAAGCGAUAACAGGGACGAGCAGUUGCCCCGCACAUGUGUCCUGGCUUUCCUCAGCCGCUUGGAUCCCUCUUAUCUACAACAUGAAAGAGUGAUAGAAGAACUAGUUAUAGCUUUGUUGAAAAAGGAUAAUGACAUAUCAAAGUCAAAAGUGCGUUACUAUAGCAACUCCCUGCAACAUCGUGUCAAAAACAGAGUAUGGCAAACACUGCUGCUGCUGCUGCCCAAACUCAGAGAGGAGUUUGUCGGCACUUUACUGAACCGCGUGUUUGAAGCUGGAUUCUGCAGUAACCAGGCCUCAGUCAAAUACCUGAUCGAAUGGAUGAUGAUUCUGAUCCUCAUUCACUAUCCACAACACUUGGACAGCUUUUGGACCUGCUUCAGCAUGGAUCACGAAAAGACCAAGACGAGUGUCUGCACCUUCCUGUCAGUCCUGGUGCAUUUGAAUGUCAUCAUGCCUAAUCUUAAGGAUAAGGCAGCGCAGUUGCGUAAAGCGUUGGACAUCAUCCUGCAGUGGUGUUUCAACCAUAACUUCAGCGUGCGCCUCUAUGCCUUACUGGCCUUGAAAAGGGUGUGGGGCUUGGCAGAAGAGGAAGGGGCCGAUGGUUUGGGAGGGCUGUCGACUGUGAUCAAGGCCUGUUUGAACCAGGCUGAGGCCAUGCAGAGCACUGGAAAUGCCAACAAAAACUGGAUAAGGAUUCAGGAGCACUUCUUCUUUGGUGCCUUUCAUCCUAUCAGAGAUUACAGUGUUGAGACCAUAUUCUAUACCUUUCCCAGUCUGUCAGAGUUGGCUGAUGAUGAGUGGAUUCCACCAUGGAAAUUUGAGAAAUUGUCGUGCUUCUCUGAAAGUCCCUCUUUUCCUUUAAAAAAUCCCGCUCCUGACCUGAGCCAGCUCCAGCCUGGAGACUGGAUCCAGCAAGACAAAGGUGAGCAGGAUAAGGAGGAGCGCUGGGCCGAGGUGCAGAAGAAGAUCACUCCCUGGAGGUUGGGGAUCCAGGAGCAGGAGCCUGAACUUCAGCUGGUUCCACCACAAAGGGCCGCUCGACUGGGAAAACUGCACGGCGCCCUGAUGGUGGUAGCAUCACUUAUAGACAAACCAACCAAUUUAGGAGGUUUGUGCAGGACUUGUGAGAUAUUUGGUGCCAGUGCUCUGGUUCUGGACAGCCUGCGCCACGUCGGUGACAAACACUUCCAGUCCCUGAGCGUCUCAUCUGAGCUAUGGCUUCCUCUGUUAGAGGUGAAGCCAGUGGAGCUUGCUGACUUCCUGCAGGUGAAGAAGAGUGAAGGGUACUGUAUUGUUGGAGUGGAGCAGACAGCCAACAGUCAGAGUCUCCAGGACUAUCAGUUCCCUGAGAAGACCCUGUUACUUCUGGGCAAUGAACGAGAAGGCAUUCCUGCCAACUUGCUCCAAAUGUUGGAUGUUUGUGUGGAGAUCCCUCAGCAAGGGGUCAUCCGCUCCCUCAACGUGCAUGUGAGCGCUGCCCUGCUGAUUUGGGAGUAUACACGGCAACAUCUCACCUCUGGUUCAGCUGAAGUCAACUCAAAACACAGCUGAAGAAGGAAACCAGCAGUGCGGCCCUACGGAUGUGACAUCUGUCCUCCAGAUGCUGACAGUGUUUGCUCAUCUCUCCUAGCAAACGUGAAAAGCGUCUUAGGGGUGUGUGUUUGAAAGAAAAUGUCAACUUCAGCUACUGGACAUGAAGACGCUGCAUACAGUUAAUGUCAGGACCUAAAGGAUUUUCAUGGUUUCUCUGGAUAGGGAGCUGUCCUUUUGGGUUUUAAUGUGGUCAGCACUUCAUCAGUACUGUCCUUGUGCCUUAAUGAGAGUCAUGAAUAGAGAUCAGUUCUGGUCAUUACAUCUAAAUAUUCCACUGGGCAUGCUGUUUUAUUAAUGUAGGCUGUCUCUAUGUCUCUGUAACAGCAGCAUAAAUGGAAAUUUUCUUCUUGCUUAUGUGAGCAGUUGGUUUUUGCCUCAGAGCACCAGGACUGAACUGUACUGUCAAUACCCAGCAAACUAUUUUACAUGUCAUAUUAAUGCUGCUUUUGUUAAGAUGCACACAUUUUUGUGUUCUCACUGUUUUUAUUGCAGGUUGUGAUUUUAAUUUUCUUAAAUGCCUUUGGUUUU